AUGCCAGGGAUCGACAUCGGCAUAACAUGUCACGAACUCAACAUUGACCCGACCUACAAACCCGUAAAACAAAAAAGACGGAAGCUAGGACCGGAGCGUGCUACCGCGGUAAACGAGGAAGUUGAGAAACUCCUCAAAGUAGGGUCAAUAACAGAAGUCAGAUACCCGGAUUGGCUCGCCAAUCCCGUCGUGGUCAAAAAGAAAAAUGGCAAAUGGCGAGUAUGCGUCGACUUCACCGAUCUCAACAAGGCCCGUCCAAAAGAUUGCUUCCCACUUCCGCACAUUGACCGAUUGGUCGAAGCAACAGCAGGGAACAAACUUUUAUCAUUUAUGGACGCCUUCUCCGGGUACAAUCAAAUCAUUAUGAAUCCCGACGAUCGCGAGAAGACCGCAUUCAUCACCGAUCGCGGAACGUAUUGCUACAAGGUAAUGCCUUUCGGUCUCAAGAAUGCGGGCGCUACUUACCAGCGACAGGUCAAUCGAAUGUUCUCCGAACAGCUCAGAAAGAGUAUGGAAGUAUACAUCGAUGACAUGCUCGUAAAAUCCCUUGACGAACACGACCACGUAUCCCACUUGGAAGAGUGCUUCACAAGGCUGAACCUACAUAACAUGAAACUAAACCCGACAAAAUGUAGGUUCGCAGUCUCAUCAAGGGUGUUUCUCGGUUAUCUGGUCAUAUGUCGCGGGAUCGAGGCCAACCCUAAACAGAUAAACAUACUGAUAGAAAUGGUCUCACCAAAGACAAAACGAGAAGUCCAAAGGCUAACCGGAAGGGUCGCAGCAUUGAACAGUUUCAUCUCACGUUCGACGGACAAGUGUCUGCCUUUCUACGACACGUUGAAAGGGAACAAGAAGUUCGAAUGGUCGGAAGAGCCAUAUUUCCAAUCUCAUACCAUAGUGAUCCUCACCGCCUUUCCCCUUCGCACGAUUCUGCACAGUCCGAGUCAGUCAGGACGGCUCGCGAAAUGGGCAAUCAAACUGAGCGAGUACGAUGUCGAGUACCGCCCAAGAACCUGCGCAAAAUCUCAGGUGCUGGCGGAUUUCUUAGUAGAAUUGCCCACGGGGGAUAUGACAAACAUGGAACCAGAUUCAACUUGGGUUCUUCACGACGAUGGAUCAUCGUCCAAACAAGGAUCUGGAAUUGGGAUUUGGCUCACGUCGCCCACCGGAGAAAUCUUGGAGCAGUCGUUUCGGUUAGAAUUCCAUGCAUCAAACAACGAGGCUGAAUAUGAAGCACUCAUUGCAGGAUUACGACUAGCCCAUGGGAAGAUUUGCAACAUCCACGCUUACUGCGAUUCUAAGUUAGUCGCAAAUCAAUACAGCGUAGAAUACGAGGCAAAGGACGAAAGAAUGGACGCAUAUCUAAAACUCGUCCAGGACCUGGCCCAAGACUUCGACCACUUCGCCCUCACCAGAAUUCCUUGCUCGGAAAACACCCAGGCAGAUGCCUUGGCCGCGCUCGCGACAAGCUCGUAUCCAGGACUAAAACGGGUAAUCCCCAUGGAAUUCUUUGAACAUCCGUGCAUCGGACCGCCGGUGAUCGCCAAUCUGAUUAGGGGACAAAUCGAAGAUGCAGAGGAAAUCGAAGAUCCACCGGAAGGAAACAUGGAUCAGUCGGAAUACGGUUGCGACAGCCCAUGGCUAGAGCCGAUCCGAGCCUACAUAGUCGACAGAAUGCUGCCCGCCGAGAAAUGGGCGGCACGAUAUGUAACGGUUGAGGGAGAAAUCUAA